CUGCAAGGAAGGCAACAGUUGCCCGUCCCCGGCCUUGGCGUGCACCGAGAACAGCAAGAGAUCGUAGCGCUGCUCCAGACACCACAGCAACACGCAUGGCGACACACCCUGUAGGGUAAACUGUGCUGUGUAGUGGUGUCUGCUGCUGUUCUAAAGGUUGUAUGAUGUAGUGACGGGGGGGGCGGGGGAUUGCUCGGAGCCCCCUGAAAGCAAUCAACCAUCCGACAAUCGGACACACCUGCACACCUGCUCAUGUUUCGCAUGCAUCUCCCGAUCUGACGUCCACGUCGCUCAAGUCGAGUAACCACCACUUGAGCUUAGACGGGAGCUAGGAGGCAACGAAGCCCUCCAGCUGGCUGGUACCAUGGACAACCUUCAAAGAGACAACGGAUCCAUGCAUACGAAGAACAUUGACCGCGCCGCGGCCGGGGCUCCGCCCGUGAUGGUUUCCGACGCCCCGAUGACCCAGGCACACGUCCGAGUUCCUGACUCUGUGGACCGCACCGAGUGGUUGAAGCUCCGCUCGAGACGCCGCAGCAGCAGAAGACGUGCCUCCUCGGCCUCCUCCACCCCCCCCACGCUCGGCGCAACCCCUCCCUCUCACGGCCGCAAGAUGUCGAUGGACUCGACGACCUCCUCCUUGGCUACCGAGGCCUCCCUUCGCUCCGCGAUGUCCACGCCCCUGCACCGGGGCCAGAACGAUGAGAGGGUUCGGCGUUCCGUCACUUUCGCUGUUGACGACCAUGACCGCCGCCGCCCCUCGCUCGACUCUGAACCACGGAGGCGAGCAGCAUCAUCUGCUCAGCAGCAGUGCGGAGUCUGCCGGGCCGAAUUCACGCGGUACCGUCGGCCGCACCGCUGCCGCGCGUGCGGCAAGGCCGUGUGCGCCACGUGCUCGCCGGCCAGACUCCCGAAGCGGACGUGUAAGCCCUGCGCCGGAGACUCGGCCAUUCCCCGCGUCUUCCCAGUCGUUUCUCCGGCACGGGGACGUAUUUCCGCCCACGCACUCGGGGAGGAAACGACUAUUAAUAGCGCUACACGGGCCGCGCGGCGUGGUGCGGGCGCCCCGGUGAUGGUUGGGGUUCCUGCGGACACGGGUGUCGUUGUCACGGCGGCGGCAGCGGCGCGCGAGGCGUCGGUGGUUGGUGUUGGCCGAGCCGAAGAGGUGGGCAGGGCAGGGACCGAGGAGGGGUCGAGUUAUCUCGAUGUCGCGGGGAAUGUGAGGCUGGGCGGCUCUGUCUCUGGGGAUCGUGUGGGCAAGGGUAAGCCGGAGAACCCGAGAAGGUUGGGCGGUGAAGGGGGACUGGACGUGGAUUCUGUGGGUGAGAGCGAGCCCAGGGGUUCGAGCAGUCUGAGAGAUACGAGCCAAGGGGGAGAGGUAUGGCGCUCGAACGGCGUUGUUGGCGUUGCGGGUGAUCAACACGUGGAGCACUUGGAUAGCCUGGACGGCACCAACAGCAACGUUGAUGGCUGUGGGAGUACCACCCGUGUCGAGUUCGGCACCCACCUCUCCCCAACAGCCUCGUUGAGGGAUGAUUAUCCGCGUCCCGUGGCCGGGAGCCCGGCGGCGGCAACUCUCCCCCUCGAUUCUGCAGCCGCGGGCUUGGAUGGACUGCCCACACCAACAGCCACACCAGGGUUAAACACGUCUACUACUGUUACUACUGCCGGUACCGGUGCCCGUCAGGCGGGGGUGGUAGUGGAUGGAGGGUCCAAGCCGAGGGAUGAGAGGACCGUGUCGCCGGCCUCUGACGAGGAAGCCAAGCCUGAGGAGGAGGAAGACCGCGAAUCUAUCGUAACGGGAAACGAAGAGGGCAGCGCGGUGCCAGAGGUUGAGGACGAGCCUGAGGUCCGGCCGGCUCCUGUUCCUGCUGCUCUGCUGCAUCCCCCUCCCGCGGCCGUUUCAGUGACGACGGAGCCGCGGUGCGGGCAGACCCACCUACCUCUCGAGCCUAAUGAGGCCACACGGGAGACGCCGCCUCCCUCGGUCGAAUUUGAGGGGGGGACGGAGAUUGCGCGAGUUCCUGAUCCCGAUACCCGGGAAGAGGGGGGUGGGGUAGUGUCUACACCGCUCCGACACCGGGGCCCCCUCGAGGAGGGUAGUCAGGUUAAUGCGAAGAGGGAGGAAGACGAGGAGAAGGAGGAAGACGAGGAGAAGGAGGAAGAGGAAGGGGAGGUGGAGGAGGAGGAGGGAGAGGGGCGGGGGCAAGGGGAGAAGGAGGUGUUGGAGGAGGAUGUGAGCGGCCAGCAGCAAGAGACGAAUGGUGCGGUCGAAACGAUGGAAGAGGGCCUCCGUUUUACCGUGGGAAGGGUCAACGACAGACCCGAAGGGGGACAGGACGUCUCGGGCGCGGCUGCGAGGUUGAGCGCGGAGAAGCGAUGUGGGGAAGAAGUGAAAGACCCCGGAACAGCGGACGUACCGCUCGUUGUGCCAAAGUACGAAGAAGGGGAGGGGGAGGUGGCGGAGGGCGAUUAUGCAGAGGGUGUUGGCGUCGAGAGAGAGGAAGGCGAGUGCGACCGUGAAACGUUGGUUCUGGGUGCAGGAGUGGCCGUGGACGGCCGCGUUAAGGAAGAACUAGUAGAGGAAGACAGCGGACCAAUGGGUCCGCUUGCUACGGCAGCGAUGCCGCAGGGAAAACAGGAGCAGCAGCAGGAACAACAACAGGAGGAGGGCGGGGAGGGGGAGGGGGAGAAGGAGGGGGAGAAGGAGGAGAGGGAGACGGAGACGCUGUUGGUUCUGGGUACAGAUAUGGCCGUGGACGACCACGUCAAGGAAGAACCAGUGGGAGAAGACAGCGAACCAAUGGGUCCGCUUGUUUCAGCAGUUGUGCCGCAGGGAAAACAGCAGGAGCAGGAACAAGAACAACAGGAGGAGGAGCAGGAGCAAGAGGGGGAGAAGAAGGCGGAGGAGGAGGAGAAGGAGGAGGGGGGUGGGGAGCAGGAGGAGGGGGAGGGGGAGGAAGAGAAGGAGGAGGGGGAUGGGGAGGAGGCGGAGGAGGAACAGGAGGAGCAGGAGGGCGGAGUGGACAAGGAAGUUGCAAGUGUUGAGGGGGAAGAUAUUGCGGUGGGAGAAAAUACGCCGGCCGUAACCAGUCCCGUGAACGACCAGGUGGCAGAACAGAAAACAUUGGGCUUGCCGGUUGCACUACCCAUAAGUCACGAAGGGAGGGGGGGGGCAGACGACGAAAAUGUUGGGGAGGAUGGAGUGGAAGAGGGAGACGAGGUGUCGACGGUGGGGGUAGGAGAUACGACGGCCGGGCCCGGUGACACAACGGACUCAUUCGGCACGACAGCAUUGAUGUCGGCGGGAGAGGGGGGCACCGCAGGGGACGCCGUUGAGGGCGAGGGGUCGUGCACCCAUGAGGCGGGGAGCAAGCCGUUGGACACCGCCAUCGACAGCAUUGCUCAAGCAUCAGACUGUAAAGAUGGGGCGACUCAAGACGACGACGUGGGGGAGAAGGCUGCUGCUGCAGAGGUGGAGGGACCAUGCAACUACCAGGAAGGCAACGACGCGUUAGGCUCGCUUGUCGAUGGCGCCGGUGGUGCACAGCACGAGCAAGCAGAAACGAAGUCACAAGUGGCCGAGGAGAACCCAGCCCUUUCUUGCGGCACGGCUGCGGGGACCGCCAGCGAGAUUAACAGGCGGGAGGAUACUAUCGCGGUGGGAAGUGGCGGGGUAGAGGGUGCCACCGUCGAUGCACCUAUGGGGAGGGUGGACGAGACUGCUCCUGCGAUGAGAUCUGAUUCAGAAGCUCUCCACAGUCGUGCGGGUGGUUCUGCUCGUGAGGCAAGCGGGAGUUAUGCUGACGGCGGCCGGAAUAAGAGUAACUGGCUCGCUGCUCUGAAAGGGUUGGUUGAGAAGGGUGGCUCGUGUUGUCACUGACGACCUGGGGAGUAGUUUCUGUGUGGUGUCAUUAACGGGGGGGGCGGGGUGAUGUCGACAUCGGAUCAGUGGUUGGUUCGUUGCCUCUUUUGUAUCCCCCCCUUGCGCACUGCGCAUCUAGAUUAGAGUUGUUGUCGAUGUUCUUAUAGUACUCUGCUGGUGUGACCAUCUCAUUGGCCGUAGCUCUUCUUUGCCGGCACCGCUUUUUUGCGUGCUUGCCGCGUGUAUUUAUUUUUUAUUUUUUUAGCUAACGAGGCGCCAUACUCGUCGAUUGGUGAUCUUGAUUGAGAAUGUAUUCACGCGCCCCCGAUCUUGACCUCUCGGGUGUUUCUUGUUUGUUCGAUGUUUCGCGUAUAUUCUGCUACGGUGGCAACAACGUUGUUAUCGGUAUCAUAAUAGCGUUUAUUGUGCCUUGCGUCAGUGUCUAUAUCUCAGCCUCUCCGUUGUGUCGGUGGCCGCGUCACCACUUGUUCCCGUACCGUACCAUCUGGUUCCUGUACCGUACCAUCACACCCGUACCCUUUGGGGUGGGGUUAGAGUUUCCCAGCCCUUACCUGUUUUGUUGUCUUGCUACAUUUUCGUUGGUCGAACGGGAGGACGGGUCGUGGCCGUUCGGGCAGCUUGAUGCCCCCACUCACCGCGGAGUAAUACUACAUUAAUACUUUGUCCGAUGCUGUGGUGCGUGUCCAUCAAGUAGGGGGGGCUUGUGGGCUAGCGGGACAAUGGGAUUCGUUGCAGGGGUGAAAGGUUUACCCCAUCCUAUGUGUAAAUAUGACUUUUGUAUCCGCAGGGUUUGCAAAGUUUGUAUUUUGACGGCGAACUUUGCCUCAGAAAGUGCCUUUGUAAAUGUUACGGUAUUUUCGUUGCUAGCAUCGUUGAAGCGUUUGAGGACUACAUAAGAAGUACGUAACAACGC